GAACAGCGGGAGCGAGCCAGUUCCUUCCUGGAGAUCGUAUCGACAAAACAGCGAUGUACCGCGUCCACUCGCUCGCAACGGCACUCAAGCGUGUUCACACACUCCCGUCCACUCACACUGGUAAACGGCAUAUACGUUACACGCGAGAAAGAAUCUGAGACGAAAAAAAAAACAACCCUAAAUGAAAUCGGAAAGGGCUAGGAGGGAGGCGGAAUAUUUGUCUCCACUCGUUACAAGGCGUACGCGCUCGUUUGCCGCAUGGUACGGCGGCGGCCCGGGUAUAAAAGAAACGGUGUCAUCUUUUGGCAACGGACACACGCGUUCGCAUCGUCGAUCUCAGGCCAAGGACUGCGCGACAUUCCGUCUCCUGCCCCCGUCCGAGGAAGCCGUGAAGAAGGAACCAUGCGAACUUUCGCUCUCAUCGCCUGCUGCCUGCUCGCGGCCGGCGUCCGGGCCGUACCCAUCUACACCCUCAGCGCGCCCGUGGUGCAAUCGGCGCUGCAACACACCGUCAUCCAGCCCGCGGCCUACCACGCCGCCGAGCACCACAGCACCGUCGUCGAGCACCACCCGGGAAACGCGGUCGUGCACCACCAUCCGGGAGUCGUGGAGAGCUCCGUGGUGCACCACCAGCCCGUGUCCCACGAGGUGGUCCACCACGCGGUGCCGGUCGAGCAGAACGCCAUCGUCCACCACGCCGAACCCGUGCUGCACGCCGUGUUGCGGCCGGCCGUGGUGGCCCAGCACCAGGAGCUGGUGUACACGCCCCACCACGAGCACGGCUACAGCGUCGCGCAGACGAAGGUGACCCGGCCCAAGUCCAGCGUGGUCGAGCACCACCCGCUCACCGGAUUUCCUUACCGCCAGACCGACUACCACCACGCCCCCGUGGUGAGCGGUUCCCGGAGCUCCGUUCACCACAGCAGGCCCGCCACCCUUGUGCAGCGAACGAGGACCUUCCUCGUCUAACCAUCACCGCGACCGUCUUGGCUUGCUUCAUCUCUGCCAUCGCUCAAAGUACAGUCCUACGUGGUGCUGUCCUUCCCCGCUGUCUCAAACAUUUCUUUCGAGAAACGUUCAUCGACUCUGUAAUUGCUCGGGCCAAUUUUUUUUUUUUCUGGCGUGUGCCGUGCUGUGCAGACACUGUGUGAAAAAGACAAAGUAAAUUUGUGAGCAUAAAUGUACGCAUGUGGAGAACCUAGUUAGUGUUGCAGAAGCACGUUCCAAAACAUAUCUGGCAGGGAGGCCACUGACAGGUUAGUUUUAGACCUAUACGUUAUAGAUAGGGUUCUGCGUUCUCUAGUUUUUUUGUUGUUAAUUUUUUGGAUGGGGCGAGAGCAAACUCAAAGGGCGCCUGUCGGAUUUUCCUUUCGCGAAAAGUAGACCUCAUUAGAAGGGAAACUGAGGCAAGUUGGUAGUAAUUCAUGUUUUAGAAAGCAACAGCGCUAAACGGACAAGGAGUUGAGCAAAGAACACGACAUGGGCGCUGUGUCGUGUUCUCCUUUACCUGAGUCAGUGGACCUUAUUCGACCUUUUUUUACGGCGCAAUAAAAUUCGGAGCUUUGCAGCAUCUUUAGCGUUAUUUGUCUCUCAGUUUCUUUCGUGCUCCUAAAACGAUUCCUAAAACGGCUUCAUAAUCCUCAUACUGCUAAACUAAGGGCUGAACGAUUUCCUAGCCAUAGGUCUAAUAACCCAUGACACUACCUUGCCAGCAAGAAUGUUUGCUAGAUCAGCCUUGGGUAUGUUAGCCAACGCCACACACGGUCACGGAGGCGGCAUGGGCGCGAGUACCUCUAGCCGACGCUUCCAAGGCUCUAUAUAGUACACAUAUACACAAACACCCAAGAACGGGCGGAUGAGAGGACGAACGCCGCGGUAACUCAACGGUAAAGCAGAAGGUGCAGAAGGUAUUGAUGCAGAAGGUGCUGAUGCGGCUCCAACCUACGGCUAGUAAUUUUUACAGACACUUUCGUGUACAUUUUUCCUUGUUACUUCUACAUUUCAAUUAAAGUUAAUAUUUCCUACGCUUUGCCUGGC